GAAUGUAACCUUCUGGGAACAAGACUCGGCCUGCUUGCCCUAGCUGGAUGCCCGAAAGCCCAACUAGAUCCUCUACAUAGCCUUCGGCAGCUAGGUCAGCCCAAUAGGAGAGCCCAAGGUGCGGGCCCUCGCAACCACCUUGGAAUCCCUCCACGUCCCGUUCGUCUGGGUGCUGGGGCUCGCUUGGAGGCAGGGGCUGCCACGUGGAUACGAGAAGAGGAUGUCGGCGAGCCAGCUUGGCAGGGUGGUGUCGUGGGCCCCGCAGGUGGAGGUGCUGCUACACGUGGCGGUGGGGUGGUUCCUCACGCACUGCGGGUGGAACUCGACGGUGGAGGUCGUCCGCUGCCGGAAGCCGAUGUUGUGUUAUCCGAUCGCCGGCGAACAGUUCGCCAACUGUGCGCGUAUAGUGGAGGAGUGGAGGGUUGGGGUGAGGUUGAGUGGGUUUGGGAGAAGGGAAUUGGAGGAAGGGAUGAAGAAGGUUGUGGGAGAUGGGGAGAUGAGUGGGAAGUUGGAGAGUUUGUGUGA